GGUCCUAUAUAUACUUUAUUAGAAAGAGAGCUUGAAGUUCUUCGGGAAUAUCUUAAUACUAGCUUAGAGAAGAAAUGGAUCCGUUAUUUUACUAGUCUAGCUAGCGGCCUAUAUCUAUAUAUUAAUUACCGGGAUCUAAAUAGAAUUACUAUUAAGAACCAAAUACUAUUACUACUUAUUAGUAAGAUAAUAAACAGGCUUUAUAGAGUAAAAGUAUAUAUAAAACUAGACUUAAAAGAUACUUACUAUUAG